AUGAGCCAGGAGUAUGCCAACGGAAAGGGCAAAGCCCCUGCGCCGCAGGACGCUGAGCCCGACGCGAAAGACACCGCUCGCCACCCCAACGAUACAAAGUUCAUGACGGUCGGCAACGGCGCCGCCUCGGAACAUGCGGCGCGCCUGCAGCACUUGAUAGAUGUUGAUUCUGGAUAUGGUGGAAGUAUUGCGGGGGAUGAGCAGACCGCCAUGACGGGCGCAAACUGGGACGCGCCGAUGCAUCACGAGCGACAGUCGGGAGUCGUCCAUCAAAUCUGGUACAACCGCCAGCGCACCGCCCUUGGCCGCUCGAUAAACAAGGUCCUGGAGCUCUUGAAUACUCUCCAGGACAUGAACACAUCAUGGCCUGCACACUACCCCUCUGUACAGCGUUCCGACCUCGAAGCCAAUGCUACUCGACCAGGCCUGCAGCGCAUCAGCACCAUGGCCCCCGAUGCCGCCAGUGCAGCUUCUUCGUCGCGAGCGCCGCCCCCAGCCCUCCGACGUGCCAUGACGUCUCUCCAAGACAGCGCCGCUGAAUCGAGCAAUGCUGCCGAGCGCAGAGCAACACCCGAACCACGACUAGUCUCACCGCAAAUCGCACAGGAAUUCUCGAUUCUCAAACUCGACCUGCAACUCGGCUCGCUGCACCACACUGAGCUUGUGCACUCGCUGGAGAAGCACUCCAUCGCCUCUCUCCUCGAUGGCAAGAUUAGGUCCAGCAUCAAACACCUUGUUUCCCUCCGAGAACGUAUCGAAGACACGACAAGCAAAGUGCUCAUUACAGGAGACUUGAACGCGGGCAAGUCGACUUUCUGCAAUGCUCUCCUUCGCCGAAAGCUGCUACCUGAAGACCAGCAGCCCUGCACCGCUAUAUUCUGCGAAGUACUCGACGCAAGGGAAAAUGCUGGCCUGGAAGAAGUCCACGCCGUUCACAAGGACGCCAUUUACGACCGAAACGACGAGAGCACUUACGACGUAUUCACCCUAGUGGAUCUCGAAAAGAUUGUCCACGAUAACGAUACAUAUACACAAUGCAAGAUUUUCAUCAAGGACAGCAGAACAAUCGACGAAUCCUUGCUAAACAAUGGUGUUGUCGAUAUCGCCCUCAUCGACGCACCAGGUCUCAACUCUGACAACACAAAGACCACUGCCAUCUUCAGCAGACAAGAGGAAAUCGACGUGGUCGUCUUCGUUGUCUCGGCGGCCAACCACUUCACGCAGUCUGCUACGGACUUCAUCAGAACAGCUGCCGCUGAAAAAGCCUACAUUUUCAUGGUCGUCAACGGUUACGACAAUAUCAGAGACAAGGAGCGCUGCCAAAAGAUGAUUCUGGAUCAAGUUGGCAGGCUAAGCCCUCGUACGCGCAAGGACGCUGAUGAACUGGUCCACUUUGUGUCUAGUAACGCCGUUCCCGUUGGGCCAUCGCCUCCAGGAGGCCCGGGCGGAAGCGGUAGCUCCAGUGGCGGCGGCGGAGAUGACCCUGACGAUGGCGGCAAGGGCAAGGGCAAAGACGUGGACAAGAUUCGGGACUUUGAGGCCCUCGAACAGUCGCUCCGCAGAUUUGUCCUUGAGAAGCGCGCGAGGUCCAAGCUGGCGCCCGCCAAGACCUAUCUCGUCAACAUUCUCAACGACGUCAACACUCUUGCUAGCGUCAACGAAGAAGUCGCCCGCGCCGAGAUUGAUCGUGUUGCUCGUGAGCUCAGAGAACUGGAGCCCCAGCUAGAAUCGAGCAAAAAGGCAAGAGGUGAAGUUGAUGAUCAGGUCACCACCAGCAUUGAAAUCACAUGCAAAGAGGUUUACGACGAGACUCGCUCACAGCUCAAUACAGCCAUUACGGAAUCUGGUAAAACCAAGUACGACAUUCCUUACCCCGGUCUGUUUGGUGCCUUUUCAUACGCAGACGAUCUGAAGGAGGCCAUGCUGUCGCAAAUCUCAGAGGCUGUCGACAUUUGCGAGGAUCGCGCCAGACAAAGGACGCUACGCGGAGUCAACACGAUCAAGCAACUGGGCUUGCUGCACAUCGGCGAUGAAUUCCAAAAUCUGCACUUCAAGCCUGACGUCAUGUUCCGCCGCAAGCGUGAUGCUCUUGCGCGCAACGUUCACAUUCCUACCGAGCUUUGGGACUUUUUCGAUUGGUCGACCAUCUUGCACAAGCAGGAGAAACUUGCCAGCACCAGUAUGGCUCUCACAGUUGCCGGUGCCGUGGUACCGCGCAUGAUUGGUAUGGGCAACUGGAUGGACCAAGCUCUCACAGCAAGCAAAGUCCUCGGCAACGACAAUCUGCGUCAGCUGAUUUUGCCCGGCAUCGUCGUCGCUGCCGUGGCCGCAUCUGCGUACGUUCUCCAGCAGAUCCCCAACUCGCUGCCUCCUCGCCUCGCCACCAAGAUCACACAGCAGCUGGCUGACAUGGACUAUGUCCAUGGCAACUCGGCCCGCAUUGCCUCGUCUGUUCGCAAGGUCCUUCGCUUCCCAGCCGACAAUCUGCGCGUGCGCCUCGAGGAGAGUGUCAAGGAUCUUGGCAACCGUCGCGACGAGACGGUCAAGGUACGAGCCGAGAGCGAGCGCGCAGCCAACUUCUUUGGUGAUCUUGCGCUGAAGAGCGAGAUGGAGCGCAGCAAGGUCAACGACGUCGACCUCGAGGCACCACCGCAAGGCAUGCACUAA